AUGUUGAUAAUUUCUUGCCUUUUUCUUUUGAAUUUCCUGGCUCCUACUAUUUUAGGCCUAGGAAAUGUCCCUGAUCAAGUUCAUCUUGCAUUCACCGGUGAUUUAACCGAAAUGGCUGUUGUUUGGAACACUUAUGAAGAUGGUAAGUUUAAAGUUUUUAAAACUUCGAGAAAAAUGAACAAUUUUUAAUUACAGCUUCACAAGAUGUUAGUUAUACAAAACAAGGAAGCAGUGAUCAAAAACAAGCAAAAGGAAGUUCAGAACAAUGGGUUUAUAAUGGAAUUAUUCGAUAUAAACAUAAAGCUGUUAUGGUUGGAUUGGAUUAUGAUGCAAAAUACGGUAGGUUUUUUUGAAAAUAUGGAAGUUCCAAUAAAAAAAUCCUACUUAAUAUUAAAGUUCUUGUAAUCCCAAAUUUCAAUCAUAAAAUUUAGUCCAAAAAUUUUAAAUCAGUCAUCAAAAAAUGAUAUAUGAACUAUUGUGAGCCAGUUUUGACAGUAAACAAAAAAUAGAGCAUUUUAAUCCAUUUUUCCAUCACUAGUGAUAACAUUUUUUUUCAUUUGAGUGAUGUAAUUUUUUUCAGACUACUCAAUCGCAUCUCGAAGUUUCACAUUCAAAACUCUUCCAAAGGAUCCAUCUUCAUACCGUGUUUGUGUUUUCGGUGAUCUCGGAUAUUGGCAUGGAAAUUCGACAGAAAGUAUUAUUCGACAUGGACUUGCUGGAAAUUUCGAUUUUAUUGUUCAUCUUGGAGAUAUUGCAUAUGAUUUACAUUCACAAAAUGGACAGGUUGGAGAUGAUUAUAUGAAUCAAUUUGAACCACUGAUUUCAACUAUGCCUUAUAUGGUUAUUGCUGGAAAUCAUGAAGAUGAUUAUCAAAAUUUCACCAAUUAUCAAAAACGAUUUGUGAUGCCAAAUAAUGGAUAUGGUGAUAAUCAAUUCUAUAGGUUAGUUUUUCUCAAAUUUUUCGUUGGAAAAAUUAAAAAUCAUAAUUUAGUUUCAACCUGGGACCAGUUCAUUGGGUUGGUGUCAGCACUGAAAAUUAUGGAUAUUAUUAUCAAUAUGGAAUGGAACCUGUUUUCACUCAAUAUAAUUGGCUUAAAGCUGAUCUCACCGAAGCUAACAAACCAGCAAAUCGAGCUGUUCGACCAUGGAUUUUCACCUUUCAACACAGACCGUUUUACUGUAGUAAUGUGAAUUCGGCAGAGUGUCAGAGUUUUGAGAAUAAAAUUGUGAGUUUUUCAGAAUCUUUUAAGUACCCUCAAAAAUUUUCUGGAUUACUGUAGAAUCUUCUCAUAUGUAUUUUUUCCAGGUUCGUACCGGUUGGUUGAACAUGCCUGGUUUGGAAGCUUUGUAUCUCCAAAAUUCAGUUGACAUGGGUUUUUGGGGUCAUGAACAUUCGUACGAAAGAUUUUAUCCAAUUGCUGAUCGAACUUAUUAUAAUGACGUGAGUUUGUUUUAUUUUGAGAGGGAAAUAUUUUUGAAAUCAGCCGAAAUGAAACUGUGAUUCAAGUUGUAAGGUUCCAAAUUCAAAUAAUCGAAAUCUUUUGUUUGAAACUUUUCCAAAUGUUCUAUUUAUUUAUAUUUUUCCAGCCAUCAGCUUAUAUUAAUCCAAAAGCUCCAGUUUAUCUUAUAUCUGGUUCAGCUGGUUGUCAUACUCCAGAUGCUGAAUUCACAAAAACACCUUGGCCUUGGAGUGCUGUCAGAAAUAAUGAUUAUGGAUAUUCGAUUUUGACUGUCGCCAAUUCAACACAUAUUCAUUUGGAACAAAUAUCGAUUGACAAAAAUGAGCAAAAUGUUGAUGAUUUUUGGGUCAUCAAAAAUGCUGGUUUCCAAUAUCAACACAGCGAAUCAGUUCGCAUUGGUGCAAAAAAGUUUCCACCCCAAAAAUGCCAUAUUCGAGAUUUGCCGUGCAUGAGAACUUUACAACAAAUCAACGAGGAAUUGUAG